AUGAGCCCUUCACAACUCCAUUCAAAUAAGGAUGUACAAAGUUAUUGGGCAUCUCCUUUGAAAAUCAACAAGGCCUCUCAUACCAUCAAGAAACCAUCCUCAUCGCCGUCGUCCUCGUCGUCGUCCUCCACGCUAGCUAUAAUCUUGCCGCCGCCGCCGCUACCACAGCAGUGCAAUCCGGUCAUUAUAUAUACACAUUCGCCAAAGGUCAUCACCACAAAUCCACGUGAUUUCAUGACUUUGGUGCAGAAGCUCACAGGCAUAUCGAGCUCUAAGGACAACGACGACGACGACGACGACACGAACCCUCCAUGGACGCAGCCCGAGACCGGCGAUGCCUCGUCACCGCCGCUCUCGGAGAUCAACAAAGGUUCGAAGACGGCGGCGACUGGCAAUGAUGAUAAUGAGUCGUCAUCGGUAACUACGGAAGAGAAUGGAAGCUGUAGUAACGUAGGGGAUCAUAUUGGUCAGGAGAACUCCUGUUCGAUCAAAAUCUUCCACCGUUAUUGA